AUGGAGGCGGCCCUGCGGCAGCUGCUGUCGUGCGUCGAAAGCAGCCGCCACGACGCCGCCAACGAGGCGUUCGAGAGACUCCGACAGGAAUGCCGCGCCGCCGCAGGCAGCAGCCCCACCGCGGCGGUUGAGGUGCCCGGUCAGCGCUCCUUGGACCGACUGCAGCAGCACCUGUGCUGGGCCGGCAGCAGCGCGCUGGCGACCAGCACGGAUUUCCCAACGUCCUUCGCCCCCAGCCAGGCGCUGGUGCAACUGAUAAAGGUGCCCGCAGUGGCGGACGCGUUCGUGACGGAGAGUCGCGUGGCCGCGCUGAUUGACGCACUCGAGGCGCUCGGCUGCGAGGAGGGCGGCGGCGGCGGCCGCUGCGCAGGCGUUGUGGAAAUGCGGCUGUGGCUGCUGAGUGGCAACCUUGCAGCCACAGCGAUGCACUUGGUCAUGCAAGUCAAGGGGCUCACCGGCGGCGACGGCGACGGCAACGGCGGCCCCAUCACCCCCGCGCAGCUCGCCCUGGCUGGGAUCAUCACCCGGCCGGCUGCUGUGCGCGCGCUGCUGCGGGCGGCCCACACGCAGCUUUCAUCAGAGCUUUAUGCAGGGGACCCUCUGACAUCGCUUGAGAGGGCGUUCGUGGUCGCAGAGCAUGUGAAAGGACGUGCCGCGCCAGCCCCUCUCGCCUCGCCUUGUGAGCCGUCAUCCUUCGGGUCCGACCUGUACGCCGCGGCGCGCGCGGCGUGGCGGGUCGCCGACGCCGAUUGGGUCUGCGAGGCGCUGCCGCAGCUGCUGGUGCUGCGGCUGGGAGAGGCCAGGCAGCGGCCAGGGAUAGGGGCCAGUGCACAAGUGCUCCGGCAGCACGCCGCCCUUUUUGUGGCCUCACGCAUGGGCACUGUGGUUGGUCCCCUGAUGGAAGCCCUCUCGUCGCACGCGGCCGCCAUGGGCGAGGUGGCGGCGUGCAUUUGCCGAAACGGUGACGUCAUCCUGUUCAGGAUGUCUUUAGUCAUCCUGUUCAGCGCGCUUGAGGCCUGGCCGUGGGGCCACGAGGGCGCAGGCACGGCGCUUGCGGCUUGCUGCAAGCCCAACACUCUUGCGGAGCUGCUGCGCACGGCCGCCCUCCGCGGCGCCAGUGGCGGCGGGGCCGGCAGGGGAGGGUCGGACGGCGCCCCGGCAAACUUUGGGCUGUUUCCGACUUUUGCAGACGGUGGUGGUGCAGCGCAGGUGCUGGCAUCAAUCGCGGCCCACGAGGCGAUGUUGGCACGGCAGUCUAGCAUCGCCGUCGUGCCAGCAGCCGCGGCUGCCGUGGUGGCGAGCCUGCGCAAUUGGCUAGCAGUAGAUGGCGGGCAGAUGACUUAUGCAAACACGUCGAGAGUCCAUCAAGUCUGUGCAAUGGUGUUCAGCAUCGUCGCUGGCGGCGGGGCCAACGGCGACGCAUGGGCGGCCACGUUGUCACGCCUGGGAGCGCAGCAUCUGCUGCGGCGCGUCGGGGUUGAGCUAGGGCCACGGACAGCCGAGUGGUCAGCGACCGCAGCAGCAGCACUUUACGCCGUCGCACACGCAGCGCACGCAUCACGUCAGCAGCCGCAGCAGGAGCAGCAGCCUGCAGAAGGCAGCAGCAGCAGUGGGCUUGAGGAAGCUGAGGAGAAGCAGGUCGCCAUCGCCGCCUUGCUGGAAGCGGGUGUUUACGCUGUCCCGCACCUGCUCGUGCUGGCGGCGCUGCGGCCCAGCUGGCGGCCUGGGCUUGUCCAGGCGCCUGGCAUCCUGGAGCGCCUGUCGGCCGCGGCAGCCGCCCCAGACCAGAGCGAGCAUAGCAAAAACGCCCUCCGCACCCUCUGCCUGCUGGCCGCGGGCGUGGCGCCGGCGAAGCGCCUGCCUGGCUUUGCGCGCACCAUGCUGGAGCGGUGCGAUGAGCGGCCGGCAGACGUGUGGGGCGGAGUCCCGGCGCUGGAAAGCAACGGGAGGGCCUUGGAGGAGGUGUUGGGGUGCCUUGCGGGCUGCCGCGAGGCGGACGGCAUUGUGGGGGAGCGCGCUGCCCUGGCUCUUGCCCAGCUGAGGGCGGGCGAGCAGCAGCAGCAGCAGCAGCAGCAGCAGCAGCAGCAGCAGCAGCAGCAGCAGGGGCUAAGCACAGGAGCUGCAGGGGGCGCACGAGAGCAGCGCCGGCGCAGCGCGUGCGCAUUCUGCGGCAGGACCGCGCGCGAAGGAGCAGAGCUGCGGCGCUGCGCGGGCUGCGGGCGCGUCACGGGGACGCGGUACUGCAGCCAGGAGUGCUGCAGGAUGGACUGGGUG